AGAUUGUUGACUGUCUGCGCAGCGCAUAGACGCGUUUUUUUCCAAGGUUGUGCUUUUGGUUACUUACGGUAAGAUGGACCCGCAGUGUCCACUAAAGGAUCAGGUGAUCCACUAACUACGAAGCGAAGGCUGACUGGGGAAAAUGCAAAAUGACAUAUAGCAAAUGUCGGAGCAUAAUUCAUUCACAUUUUCGGCUCUAAUUCGGACUUAAAUCGCACCGCUGGAGCUCCAAUGUAACGAUGGCUCGUUAGGGCUGGCGGCGCUACUGCUAUUUUAUGAUAUUUUAAUUUAUGAGAAAUCACAUUCACAGACAAAUAUUGGUUUCAACAUGGGGCUGUGCUACAGUUUGCGUCCCCGGCUCUUCGGGGACCUGAGCGGGUCUAUCUCCAACGCUACCUCGGACUCGGACCAGCCUCCAGACGCCGCCGUGCCGACCCGCGCCGGGGGAGCUCGCCAGGAAGACACCGGGGGAUGCGGGGAGAGCUCGUCGCUACGCGGCGGCGGCGGCCCGGUGCGCCCCGGGGACCCUGCCAGGCUCCCGGCCGGGGAGCACCGCCGUGGAGACACCGGGACCGAUGGUGUGCUCAUACAGAACGGAGGCGGUGGAGGUGGCGGUGGCGGCGGGGGAGGAGGUAGUGGUAAAGGGACAGGAAAGGACCGCGGCCGACGCUUACAGUUGCUUCAAAAGACAAGCACUCAAAAGCAGAAAAACUGGGACAAAUUACUGGUGGAGGAGAAGGAGGCCGAGAAGGAGGCGAAGAAAGUCAGUAAGAAUAUUGACAGGGCGCUGAAGGAGCUCAAACGGGAGUACAAACAGACGCAUCGGCUGCUGCUGCUCGGUGCGGGAGAGUCCGGAAAAAGCACCAUUGUGAAGCAGAUGAGGAUUCUACACGUCAACGGCUUCAACGCAGAAGAAAAGAAACAGAAAAUCCAAGAUAUUCGGAAAAACGUGAAGGAUGCCAUAGUGACUAUAGUGUCAGCGAUGAGCACUUUAAUACCCCCAGUCCCACUAGCCAACCCAGAGGACCAAUUCAGAAUCGAAUACAUCAAAAGCAUAGCACCUCUCUCGGACUUCGACUAUUCACAGGAGUUCUUUGAUCAUGCAAAGAAGCUGUGGGACGACGAAGGAGUGAAGGCGUGCUUCGAGAGGUCCAAUGAGUACCAGCUCAUCGACUGUGCACAAUAUUUCCUUGACAGAAUUGACUCUGUAAGACAGAAUGACUACACACCUACGGACCAGGACCUGCUACGCUGCCGAGUGUUAACUUCAGGGAUUUUUGAGACGAGGUUCCAAGUAGACAAAGUGAACUUUCACAUGUUUGAUGUUGGGGGCCAGAGAGAUGAAAGGAGAAAAUGGAUCCAGUGCUUUAACGACGUCACUGCUAUCAUCUUCGUGGUGGCCAGCAGCAGCUACAACAUGGUAAUAAGGGAAGACAACAACACCAACCGGCUACGGGAAGCCCUGGAUCUCUUCCGCAGUAUUUGGAACAACAGAUGGUUACGCACUAUAUCGGUCAUACUAUUCCUGAACAAACAGGACAUGCUGGCUGAGAAAGUAUUAGCUGGAAAAUCCAAAAUUGAAGACUACUUCCCUGAAUAUGCUCGCUACACCAUACCAAAUGAAGCAACUCCUGAACCCGGUGAGGACCCGAGAGUGACAAGAGCUAAGUUCUUCAUCCGAGACGAGUUCCUUCGGAUCAGCACUGCGAGCGGCGAUGGCAGACACUACUGCUACCCACACUUUACCUGCGCCGUGGACACAGAGAACAUCCGGCGGGUGUUCAACGACUGCCGGGACAUCAUCCAGAGAAUGCACCUGCGGCAGUACGAACUCUUGUGAUGGGAGACCGCCUCCGUCAGCCUUCUGUGUUUUUUUUCCUCCACCAUUCUGCAUCCUUGACGAACCCCUUCUCUUCCUCCUCCUCACCCCAAAGAAGACCCUCAACUCCCCCGACCACCCCUCCUGUCGAGGACUAUGAAGUACUACUGAAGUGUGUCAAAUCCUCUUCCUCUUCUUAACUUCUCGGCUUUUUGUACUUCUUCUUCUUUGAUUUCUCUGAGACAGAUUCAUCCCCGUUUUCACCAACGUGAAAGGAAGUUUUGGGGAACAAAUUGUUGCGUGCCGCUGAUUUUUUUUUUCUUUAUCCUUUUGAAUGCCUUGAUUUUUGUCAUUCCACUAAGCCUUGGGCUACCUCCUUUUUCCCCUUUGUUUUCUGAAUUUUGGCUUUGUCAUUGGACCUGGACUGGCAGGUGUGAAACAUAAAAACACACCUACAGGACCUCAGUGUAGAGGCAGUGUGAGUGUGUUGAUGUGUGUGUGUGAUGAAGAGAAGGAGGAAUGCCAUGUGAGUGAGCAUAUGUGUGUGUUUUGCCUGCUGGUCAAAGCUGGCAUCACCACCAUGACCUUUGACCCCUCUACUUUCUUUAAUUUUUCCUCUCUUUUUUUUGCCCUGUCACCCCCUCUAUCUCGCUUCUUGUCAACCGGAAAGACAGGAGCGUACGGAGAGGAUCCGAGUGGAUGUGGAGAUAAAUGCACUUUGCAUCAGGUUCCUUAAUAUUUUUUUUUCUUUUUCGGUUGUUGUUUUUUCUCCAGAGGAAGCAUACACACAAUGUAGCAUCACAAUAUUUAUUACCCUGUCACGAUGUUAGCUUUGCCGAGCUGCAGGGUGCACCGAGCAGCCGAGAGACGUGAGGAACGAAGGAUUUAAAAAAAAGUGGGAGAAGCGGGGCAGGAAACUCGACGACACAAAGAAGGAUUUGAAAUGAAGGAAAGGGACUGAGCUCUCUGCACCUUAGCCCUGCUGCCUCCACGGACUCGGACCUGCCUCCUUUUUUUUUGUUUGUUUUUCCACACAAACCAUCCUUUUAGCGUAGAGAUACUGAUGGGAGGGGAGGGAGGGGGACGGGAGAGAAAAUGUAUUGUUCCUUUUUUUUUUUUUUUUUGUUAACUUGUACACUGUGCAAGGUUGAAUUAUCCUGUACAGACUGUAAAAUGUAAUAUUAUUUUGUACAACUUAAUUGAAAGAAAAACAAAUCUACUUGUAGAUCUUUGUGCCUUGAUUAUGGCUGUACCUGUAAAUGAGCUCAGAUGUAAGUAUGUUUUCGACUGCGCUGUACAGCUUGAUGUCAAUCUCUAUCAGCAGCGGAAGACUGCGGGUAGAGGACUUUCUCUGUAGAGUUUAGUUUUUUCUGGUUUAUAAAAAAAGAGGAAAUGCUGUUUAGUAAAAAAUAAAAAAUAGGGAAAAAAUCCUAAAAACCUGUAUACAUUAUGCAAAUUAACCACUUACCUGCAGUGAAGACCAGAUGUUGCAGCGCCAUGCCUUUUGUUUUUUUGUUGGUUUUAUUUUUCCUCCUUUAAUUCUUUUAUUUUUUUGAAUUUCACAGCUUUAAACAAACAUUGGAAAUCCAUUGAAAGUGUCCAAAUUGCAACCUGGUGUUGUUUUAAUAGGAACCAACGUUUUUUUCGAUAUGAAGUGUGUGAGAUCUGUACUGAUGUGCGUGCCUGUGCGCAUGUGUACAUAAAACAAACAUAGACUCACAGACGCAUUGUGUGUGUGCGUGCGUGCGUGUGUGAGAGAGAGAGAGAGAGAGAGAGAGGGCAAGUGUGCUGUGUGUGUAAAAUUUUAUAAAUGUAUGUACAUGUAAAUUUAUAGGUCUAUAUAAAUAUAUAUGUACAAUUAUACAUGUUUAAUUAUGUGUGUGCCUAGGUGUACAUACCUAUGUAUGUAUACGGUAAAUAUGUAUACAUACACACAUAGGAAAGCAUGUUUAGAAUGGAGAUGAAUAAAUGAGAGCGUGCAAUAUUAGUAAUUCUUUGGUCCUUUGGAGCCAUACUGAUGGCACAGGCACUAUGAAUGUGUGAGCAGCACCCAACAAGACAAGCUCUUCUCCUUGUACAAACAGCAUCAGCCUUUUCUUCUGCUACAGUACACGUCUAUCCCCGACAGAGAGUGAACUGACUGGAGGUGCAAAAACCUUGUUUGGCCUGGGAGGAUGAUUAAAUGACAUUUUUAUUUUCUUUAAAUAAAGAGGCACAUUAGAGGACUUUGCUUUAUUUCCA